UCGUUUUAUACUUGUUUUUCUAUUUUCUUAGUUUCCCCCAUCAUACAAUGAACUCGCUGAAGGGACUGUUGUCGAGCAACGACGAGCAGGAGAAGGGCAUUCUGUCUGAGGCAAAUGAAGCCGUCACGCUCAGUCGCACCACUCGCAUCUAUGGCUUUGUCGGAUGCUUUGCAGGAGGAUUCAUCCUGACCAUUCUGUCAACGAUCGCCUUCGCGUUUGGCAAGAUUACCCUGUUCGCGCUGGCGUACACGGCCGGCAAUAUUCUGUCCUUGAUGAGCACUGGCUUCCUUGUCGGACCCGUCAAGCAAAUCAAGAACAUGUUCGAGAUGAAGCGCAUCUGGGCGACCAUUGCAGUGAUUCUGUUCAUUGGCCUGACGCUCUGUGCCGCGCUUUGGUGGCAUAACGUUGGUCUUACCGUUCUUUUCGUCAUUUGCGAGUUCUGUGCCAUGUUUUGGUACGCCCUUUCGUACAUUCCGUACGCUCGCGAUGCUGCCAAGAAAUGCUUCGGUAGCUGCCUCGAGUAACUUGGAGGACGCAAUCCCUUGGUCAAGUUGUGCGUGUGCGUGUUGUGGUGUCAAAUUUGUUGAUUUUGUUGCAUUUGUCAAGUAAUUUUUUAAAAUGUCGACGUCCUUUUACGAUA